AUGCAAAUCGAAGAGGGGAAAGGACCUAUAAGGCUCCCAAUCGAGCUCCUCGAACAUGUUAUCAGCCUUAUUCAAGCCCACGAUCCAGUUUCGCUCAAGACUUGCUCCUGCGUGAGCCAAACCUUCGCCGCACUUACUCAAAAGCAUAUCUUUCGCGAGAUCUUGUUCACGCCGCAGUCCUCUCUGAACGUAACGGGGGAGACGUUCCGGAGAUUCUUCGAUCUGCUACAGGAGUCGCCUCAUAUCGCCCGCUACGUCCAGGGGAUCGUGAUCGACGCCACAUUCUUGGCGGCAUCCACCCGCAAUCAUUAUCUACAACGCACCUUACCCCUCCUCAAAGAGCUCCGAAAAAUCGGGCUGUCGAAGAAGCACGUCAGCGUCGACUCUUUCUGGUGGUACUUUAUGGAUGUCGAGACGCGAGACGCGUUGCUCGACGUCUUUCGAUCCCCACUCAUUACCGACAUCGACCUCACCGGAAUUCGAGAUUUCCCCCCAGAAGAAUGUUUCAUCUUUACGCCAUCCCUGAAGAAUCUAUCCCUCCCAACAUUAGUAUUCGACCGCAGUUCCAUUAAUCCUCUUGCUUAUCUUUUGAACACUCCAUCCUCAUCCUCGCCAUCGCCUACUUCAACGCCCCCAACAUGCAGCGCACUCGUGGCAUCAAGUCCUAAAUUAGAAUCAUUGACUAUCGUCGAUGUUCUAGACAAUGGCUUAACAUUGCCGUGGCUCGCCUCACCGGUGUCCAUUUCGCCGGUCGACCUUGCCGAACUCCAAACCCUCCAGCUCGACUUCGAAGAAGUGACGUCUACGAACAAUCAAGACUCUUCCAAACUCGACAUGGCCAUGAGUCUCUUCUCCCGAACUCUGACCCGCUUUCGCCUCAACGUGCUUCAGAGAAAUAUGGCAUACUUCCUCUGGUCCGAGACCCAAGGCUGGAGUAGUCUUCCACGAUCUAGCAUCCGCCCACCAAAUCUCAGCAUUCUCUCUAUGUUAGAUUGCAUGAUUAUCGACUCGAAAAUCUUCCAACACCCGGUCGGCUCUGACCGCCCACUAUCAUACCGCAGCCCACUACCAUGGAUUGCGUGGCUCCUCGACGGUUCAGCCGACUUGGAGCUCAAGAAACUUAUUUUGAAUAUCUCAUUUCGAGGAAUAGCGAGGACAAUCCUUCUCAACUUGGAUUGGUGUAGACUGACCGAAGCAUUGUCGGCGAGAAUGCAGUGGAAGGGGACGGCGGUUGAGCUCCAUUUUUCGAGUAUUGAAUCCGCCGGUAUAGAGGCACUGGGCCAUAACAAGAGUUUCGCAGAGCUAGCUACUAGAGGUGUGACGAUUUUGUGCAGAUCUUAG